AUGGAUCAAUCAUUAUCAUUUUCAUCUGCCUCAUUUUCAUCGAAUCAUUUACUUGAAGAGAAAUAUAAAUUGGCGUAUAAACAAUUCAUCAAUAAGAAUUUUGAAAAAUCAUAUCGAUUAAUCAAUGAAUUAUAUGACCUGAGCUUUAACGAGUUCAGUAAGGGAUUCAUAUCAGAAGUACUUUUCAAAAAGAUCAUUAAUUUAUAUUUAACCUUAGUUAGUUUAACUAUCUCUGGUCAAACUUUACCAUUUAAAUUAUCUCAAAUUGACAAUCAUAGACUUGUGAAUGUAUUCAUUCAAGACACAUUUUUGAAUAAAUUAACCCAAGCAUUCGGUGGAUCUGAGAUUAAUAUCCCUUUGGAUAUCUUGUAUAAUUAUAUAUUGGUGUUGAUCACUAAUAAAAAAGUAUUGAUUGGUAAUGAUGAUUCAUUUUUAAAUAGGGUUAAAUCAAUUUAUUCAAGUUUAAUUGUUAAUAAUUCAAAUUCAAAGUAUGUGAAACGAUUUAUUGAUUUAUAUGUGUUUGAAGUAUUACCUACUUUUGAUAAUUUUGAUGAUGCUAGAUUUAUAAUUGAAUCUGAUGCUAUUUACGCUAGCGAUGUUAAAAAUCAAUUGGAUAACUUGAAUAAGAUUGAACAGAAUAAAUUACAGAUUGUUGAACAACAAAAGCAAAAGGAAGAAGAACGAAAGAAGAGAGAACAAGAGUAUCAAAAACGAGAAUUACAGAAAGCUAAGGAAUUAGAGAAACAACAAAAUCUUCAAUAUAAAUCAAUUAAAGAUAUUCAAAAGGAAUAUGCCACUCCUAUAUCAGCUUCUUCAUCAUCAUCAGAUAAACAAAAAGUUGGUCUUAAUAAAGAUACCGAUGUCAAUAGAUUAAAUCAAUUAAAGGAAAAGUUAUUUUAUAGUUAUAAAUUAACUAAGAAUUAUUUCAAAGAGAAUUCACCUAUAAUAUUAGUGAUUGUGGUACUCUUAUUCAUAAUUAAUCGAUUCAUUAACUUGAGGCAAAUCAAAAUAAAGGAUAAGUUACUUGAAACUAUCAAAAUGGCAUUUAAAGUUAGUUAUUUAUAA